AUGAGCCAGCAGCAGCCCGGCCAGACUCUGGCUUCUCAUCUCAUCGCGCAGACCAUCUCCAGCGUCCAGCUGCUUGAGAGCCUGGGCCUCAUCCAGCAUGCGGACGCCGAGGUUAUCCGCUCCAAGCUCCCGAAUCCGUACACGACAUUCCCGUCGCUGGUCACGGCGGCCUCCACCGGCAACACGGACCUCCCUAAGGCCAUGAACGCCCUCAGUGUUAACGGCACCGGCGCCAGUCCGUCGCCCUCCCACAACGAGAAAGCAAUGGUUCCCGCGCUCCCGGUGAGGUCGACACCUGAGCCCCAGGUCAACCGCGCCCGUGCCCUUUGGGACUACCAGGGCGGCGAGGCGGACGACCUCCAGUUCCGCGCUGGAGACACCAUCAUUAUCGACGAGGAGGUCAACGACCAGUGGUUCCGUGGCCGUGUCGAGGGCGCUCCCAAGACAGGCCUCUUCCCCGCCAACUACGUCGAGAAGAUCAAGAGUGAGAAGAGCUCGGCGCCGACCUCGGCGGUCUCGACGUACCAGCCUCCCGGAGGCGUUGCUUACGGCCAGCCGCCCGGCGGCCCCGCGUACCAGCAGUACGCCCCUGUGCCCUCAUACCAGGCGCCGGCGUACCAGGCCCAGCAGCCGCAGACCGUCAUUGUCCAGCCCCAGGAGGAGAAGAAGGGCAAGUUCGGCAAGAUGGGCGGCCAGGUGAGUAUUGCCUUGUCCAAGGAUGUGAACCUCUCGCAACGUCUCCUCCACGAGAUACCACUUCUCCCCACGUCCAUUCCUCUCAGUUACAACUUCAUGCUAACAAGAAAGCUCGGCAACGCCGCCGUCACGGGUGCCGGAUUCGGAUUCGGUUCCGCCAUCGCGGGCAACAUUGUCAAUGCCAGUGAGCUAAAAGUGUCAUGA